GUCUUAUGUCACAGGAAGCUAGAAUUAAGUCGUGUUGCAAACAAGGGACGUUUAAAAACCUUUUAAUUUGAUAGUUCGGUGCAGGUUGAUGUGGAGGAGUGUGUUUCUGAGACCAGAUGUGGUUAGUGGAAUUCACCUCUUGUGGAAAACCAGAAGCUUGUUCACAAUGCAGCUGAAGACCAAGGAGUUCCAGUCCCUCUUUACUGAUGGGCUGAAGGGUAUAGCAGAGCUAUUUGAGAAGCACAGAUUUGAGCUGAGGAUCGCUGGAGGUGCUGUGAGAGAUCUCUUGAAUGGAAAGCAGCCUCAGGAUGUGGACUUUGCCACCACAGCUACCCCUGAGGAGAUGAAAACCAUGUUCCAGGCAGCUGGUAUUCGAAUGAUCAACAACAAAGGAGAGCAACAUGGGACCAUAACAGCAAGGCUUCAUGAGCAGAACUUUGAGGUGACGACACUGCGAGUGGACGUUGUGACUGAUGGAAGGCAUGCUGAAGUGGAGUUCACCACAGACUGGGAGAAGGAUGCAGAGCGACGGGAUCUUACCAUCAACUCAAUGUUUCUAGGGUUGGAUGGCACUCUGUAUGAUUACUUCAAUGGCUUUGAAGACCUGCAGAACAGAAAGAUAAGAUUUGUCGGAAGUGCAGCCGAGAGGAUCCAGGAAGAUUAUUUAAGGAUCCUGCGAUAUUUCAGGUUUUACGGCAGGAUAGCAGAAGAGCCAGGUGAUCACGAGUCUGAGACUUUAGAAGCAAUAAAGGAACACUCCAAGGGACUGGCUGCGAUCUCCGGAGAGAGAAUCUGGAUGGAACUGAAGAAGACUCUGACUGGAAACCAUGCAGCUCACCUAGUCAACCUCAUGUACGACCUGGACGUUGCUCAGUAUAUCGGGUUACCUGUAAACGGGAGUCUGGAGGAACUAAAUCGUGUGUGGAAGAACGCACAGCACCGGAACCCUAAGCCCAUGACCGUCCUGUCCGCUCUGUUCCGAGGGCAGGACGAUGUGAACAAGCUGGAUUUGAGGCUGAAAAUCUCCAGAGAAGAGAAGAACCUCGGCCUGUUCUUGGUGAAGCACAGAAGAGAUCUACGCAAGGCAGACUAUGAGACAGACAGCUUGAAGCCCUUCAGAGACUAUAUCAUAGACUCAAGGGAGCCAGAUGUCCAAAGCAGAAUCUGUGAAUUGCUGAAAUACCAGGGGGAGGAACAGCUGUUAGCAGAAAUGGAGAAGUGGUCCAUCCCACGUUUCCCAGUCAGCGGGCAUGACCUGAGAAAAAUGGGGAUCACCUCUGGGAAAGAGAUCGGCGCAAUACUGCAGACUCUGAGGGACCUCUGGAAAAAGAGUGGAUAUCAAAUGGACAAAGAUGAACUUCUGAAGGAUGUCAAAAAUCUAUAGGAAAAGAGAAUCCUUUUCCGCUAUGAAAUAUUGGCCUCAACUGAUGGAAAUAAGACUCCCAUGGCAUAGCAGUGUAAGCCAAUUCAGAUUUGACUGUGGUAGGAGAUACACCUCCACUUGUUACAUUGUUACAUGGCGGGUAAUUAAAGGGUUUAUAGUUUGUGAUAAAAUUCCAUGAAUCAUACCAGUCGAGAACUUUCAUUCACUCUGUCGCUGUCAUAUGCAGUACUGGAAUGUUUUUAUUUUUUUAAGUUAAGCAAUGUUCUUUAAUAUUGAAUUACAGUAGAACAUGUCAUGUCCAAUAUCAUUGGUUCCAGGGGUCCUUUUGGAUAUGUAUGAAUUCCGCAUCUUAGUUGGAGUCAUUAUACCACUUUGUAGUUGCUUUAAUAACAUCAGGGCAUUAUAAAUUAACAAUGCCAUGAACAUCAGUGUCUCUGAAACAACAAAGUACAGUGCUGCACGAAUACUGUCCAAAUGUAAUCGGUGAAUAUUAUUGCAAAACAAAGGGCUGCAAUACAAUAAUUGACAGCAUUUCAAAAACAGUUCUUACCAUGCUUUCUCAGUAAAUGCCAAAGUAAUCCGACAAACGUGCACACAAACUGGUCAAAAAUCUUAAUCCCUUGUUUUCUUUUAGUGAACAUUACUGGGAGUUUAGCAAUGCUAGUUUUUGCUUUGUUGUUCCUUAAUGUAAAAUUUAGUACAUAGUGUAUUGCAUUAGGUGUAUUUUUCAUGUACAGUUUGACUCAAAACUCCAUCUCUGAGUGUGUUCUGCCAAACUAAAAAAAAAAAGACAGUAAUGAGCAGUCACAUAGUGUUCCCUCAUUAGGCUCCUGUAUUACUGGUGGGAGUUUAUGGACAGAUAAAUAACCUAGGAUUUCAAAGGAGUCAUGACAGAACAUGUGUUCUGUAGUCGGAGCACUUUUAGGUUCAGUGCAGAACCAUGGAGGGUGGUCAAUUAUCUGUAAUUUACAGUUAGUCAAUCCCAGCUACAAAUAGCAUCAUGGAACUGGAUAGCAUAGAGGCGGUCAGGAGACAAACAACUGACUGAACAAAAGAGCAGAAAAACUGGACAAAGAUUUAAUACAAAGAGAAUGAAAAAAGGCUGAAUGCUUUCCAGAACCAGAGAAUCAAGACUUUCCUUCAAUUGCUCUCAGCAGGGACAUAAGACACACAACUGCACACCUACAAACAUCAAGAAAACAAAACAUAAUAAAAAUAAUAAUCAAUAUGGGGAAGGAAACUGGCAUGGAUAUGAAAAUACACAGCUUUCAGCAAAACAAAAUAGUUUGGUUAAAGAGGAAAGCCUUUAAAAUUUAAAGGACUAAUACUAAAAAGUUAUAAUUCACAUAGAUGGUGGUGCCACUAAUAUUUAUAUCGGGAAGUUUGUUGGACUUUCAAAUCUACAAUUGCAUCUGUUAGAAAGCAAAUAAGAAAUUAAAUAAAAACAGGUCUUCACUGCACUGAUGCCACUUCUGUGUUAAUGCAAUGCGUAUUUGUCUUGCCACCAUCCCUAACUUUUUUUUUUAACGUUACAUGAACAACGUGCUGUAUUUAUUUAUUUAUUUAUUUAUUUAUUUAUUAUAACAUUGCCAUCCAAGAAGGCUGUAUUUGGGCCUAGUCUGUCCCAAAAACACAGUGGUUGAGGUUGAGCACCAGAUUUGGUGCUCAGAUGAUUAAACUAGCUGAUGGUCUUCCAGAGAAUGUAUACAUAUGAUGAAUGAUUUACUAAUUAGAGAGUACCAGGAGCAAAUGAGUUUAUUUGUUGUGCCACUAGGGACUUUGGACGUACUUGUCAUGACUGGCUGGCCAUGAUGUAGAGUUAAUUGGAGAACCAAUGUGAUAUCGUUUACAGUUUAGCAAUGAACUGUUUCCAUUUUUUUUUUAUUUCUCAGAUACAGUAACAAUAAAGAACUCAGCUCUAACAGAAGUUUUUCACAGUUUGAUGGAACUCUUGGAGGUUAGAGAUAUGUUUCUUCCAGAACUCCCUUCCGCGCAGCCUGCACAAAGGACAGUUGAGCAUGUAGUGGUACAGAAAAGACAGUUGAUCAUGCAGUUGGAACCUGCAGUAACUCCUGUGUCUUGGCUGCUGUAUCGCCUUUCAAUCAACCAAUCAAUCAAUCAAAUUUUAAUUUUCAACGAGGACCUGAAAAGAGUUCCACAAUGCCAUUGCAAACAACAUAAAACACAACAAAUAAUUAGACUAUGGCUAUAAGCAGCCUCAGGUAUGAACCAUUCUAAUUUUAACUUUUGUUGAAACUCAUUCCAGUCAUUGAAAUGAAUGACAACAAGACCUGUUGCUAUCUCUUCCAUGAGCUGGAAGAGUGGAAGGGACGCAAAUCCUCAUUUGCAGCCCCAAUCUUUUUUGUCAAUGAGAAUGUACACGGACCACAGGUCUUGAAAUACAGUUACCAAAAAUAAAUAUCUUCUGCCUCGUAUUGAUUAAUGUAUUGAUGAUUUGAAGGGGGUGAAGAUAUUUUCUAAACUAGAUUUAAAGUCAGGGUACCAUCAAAUCAGUAUUAAAGAUAUUGACAGAACAGCUUUUCGAACACUGCAUGGUCUAUAUAAAUUUCCUGUUCCUCCAUUUGGAUUGACAAAUUCCCCUGUAACAUGACUUUAAUGACUGAAGUAUUUAGGAUUUACUGGAUGCCUGUGCUAUUGUGUA